AUGGCGAACGCCAAAUACACCGUUGAAAUCCCAGAAGAUGCUGUCUGGGUCACCAACUGGGACGAGCUGCAAGCUGCCCCUCGAUUCGCAGGAGUUCUCCUCCCCAAGUAUGGAGGCUUUGUCAUUGAAGUCGAUGAGAAGAUUGUCUUGGCUACGGAUGAACAAAUGAGUAAGGAAGUGCUCGACUUGCUCACGGAUUUGGAGAAAAACGACCCACAGUCUGAGGGCGAGCAGACUACUCCCAACAAGAGAGACAUCUUGCAGACGAUGUCUCAAUCCAAUACAGAGAUUCACGAAUCAAUCGAUCCUGAAGCAACAUGCUGCAGCAGCGAAGGCGGUAUCGCCUACAAAAACCUUUCACCUGAUCAAAAAGAAAUAAGCGACAUUCUGCGCAACAUGGAUCGCGAUCCUGAUCUAUUGGGUCUUGCAGACCUCGGCAGAGACGGAGUUUUCCGCUUCCUCGACGCUGAUCGCAACAUUCACUACGCCGUUCCUCUGCGACCUGCACUUGUCAAAGCCCUUAUUGAUCGUUUACCCUACGAUCCGGAAGUUGAGGCAUUUUGGCGUGGCGUGGAUGGGACGAAAGUGCCUGAAGAGCAGUGGUAUAACCCGCCCGAAGGAAUACUUCCUCCGCCUUUGACGGAGGAGGAGAGGAGGGAAGAAAGAGAGAUUAUGGAGAAGAAUAGAGAUAAGAUUGAUAAGGUGAGGGAGGAUCUGAAGAAGGGGAUUCAUCGGGAGCGUCUUGUAUUUAUAGAAUCGGAUAACAAGCUCGAGUAA